CAACUCUCACGCACACACGUCGGCUCCAGUCAGUUACCAACAUUUUCCAGAUGUGUUGGGACCUUAAACAAUUAAUUCGGAACUGAAUCUAUUUCUGAGGACUUCAUGGUGUGAUAAAUACAUAACGAAUUAGUGAAUCAUCAGUGUUACUACCAUAAUGGCAGAUACAGAGGUCAGAACGCCAGGUGAGGUCGCUUGCUCGCUCAUCGAAGCCGAGCAUGUGAGGUCAGCGCUACAAGCAGACAAGGGCAGCGACGCACACCUCGUCUCCUGGGCUCUGAAGGACUUCACGAAGAAGGACGACAACCUGACCAGCGUCGUGAAGGUCAUCGACGUCGAGUACAGCCUGCAGGGCGCCGAGACCCAGACGUCCUCGUACGUGGUCAAGAUCAACCCCAGUCUGAAGGAGAACGAGUACGAGAGCUUCACGCACCAGAUCUUCACCAAGGAGUCGAGCUUCCUGAGGGACCUGGCGCCGAAGCUGUCGUCCCUGGUGGCGGCCGCGGGGCAGCGCCCUCUCGCGUUCCCGGCGCACCUCUUCUCCCGGAUGGACGAAGGGCGCGAGUUCAUCAUCAUGGAGGACCUCCGUCGACGGGGCUUCAGGACGAGGAACCGCCUCCAGAGCUUGGACGUCGCGCACACGACCCUCGUCAUGCAGGAGCUGGCCAGGAUCCACGCCGCCUCGUUCCUCCUGCAGGCCAGACAGCCCACCAGGAAACUCGCGGACGCCUACGAGUUCCUGAAGGCGGACUGGGCGAACUUCACCGGCGAGAAACGAGCCACUUUCCAAACCAUGUUCUCUGACUGCAUGGCCGACGCGAUGACCAUCCUGGAGAAUGUGGGAGGGUAUGAGAAGGUGACGGAGUGGAUGGAGAGGAGUCAGGCUUCCUGCAUGGACGUGAUGGAAGCCCAGGUGUCCAAAGAUUACCCCUUUGAGGUUCUGUGCCACGGGGACUUGUGGACUUGCAACCUCAUGUUUAGGUACGACGACGACGACGAGACUCCCGUCGAGGUCGCGGUCAUUGACCUCCAGAUGGUUCGCAUGGCCUCCCCGGGAACGGAACUCUCCAACCUCUUCUACACGAGCCUCGACAACCACGUCAGGAAACCGAACCUGGAGGCGUUCCUGAAGGCUUACUACGCCUCCUUCGCGGCCACGAUGGCUGCCUGCGGUGCCGACGUGCCUUUCAGCUUCGAGGAACUGGAGAAGGAGUACAAGAAGAGGCUGAAAUACGGGCUGUACUUCGCCAUCAUGGACGUCCCUAUGAUCCUGACCGACGCAACGGAUGUGCCCCUUGGCGAGGACUUUUUGCAGAGGUGGAGGCAGAAGGGGAAGGAGAGUUUGCCGCAGAAUCCUCUAAUUAAAUCCAGGUUUUUGUCGACGUUCGAUGAGAUGUUGAGCGAGGGAGUUAUUGACUAUGCUUAUUUUUAUGCACAAAAGGAUGCACUCGUCACUCGAUUCGCCGAGUAUAGCAUUCUCUACCAGCAGGCAGACUUAAGGCCAAUUACAACAGCAAUGUGGUCGAAAAUCCUAUGCAUCUGUGCCUUUUCGAUGUCCUUUUUGAUCAGUGGAAACAAUAUCUCGACAAAAUAUUAUAUCAAAGGAAUGCCUUCUAGGAAAUCAAAACUUUCUCACAAGAAUUAUACGAAAGCUUUUAAUGGAAAUGUGAUAUCGGAUUUGUUUGAAUUUCUCAGUUUUCCGUGGAGGGAGAAAACGGAGGAAGUGCAAUCAAGCGUCUGGCAGUUGGGGUUGACCGUCCCCGUCCCCUGCAAGCCAGCCAACGCCAGUGCAGACACAGCCGGGCAGCGUUGGGUCGCGUACGUCUUCGCCUUCGAGACAAUGGAGGGCGACGGCGCAGAGUCUGACUUCCGUCCGAGCGAGAUCACGCAGGAGAGCGUCGAGGCGGCACUCAAGAACGACAAGGGAAGCGACGCUCGUCUCGUCUCCUUCGCGGUCCAGGAAUGCACCAAGAAGGGAGACAACUACGCGACGCUUGUGGCCAGAGUCAUUGUGAAUUACACGCUUUGGGAAACUGACCACGAGACUUCUUAUGUUGUGAAGUAUAACCCCAGAAGUUUUGCGGCUUUUGAAAAGUUCGCUUGCAUUAUGUUUAGAAAGGAAACGCUUUUUUACAAACAUCUAGUUCAUGUAAUUCAGUCACAGUUACAAGAAGCUGGCCAAAGUCCUCUAAGAGUUCCUCGUUGUUUCCACACGUCCUUAGAAGAAUUUCAGGAGGUUAUCUUCCUGGAGGACCUCCGGCCCAAGGGCUUCAAGAUGUUCGACCGCAAGAAGGGCAUGGACGUCGCCCACACCAAGCUCGUCCUCGAGGAACUGGCCAGACUCCACGCGGCCUCGUACCUCCUCAAGGCCAAGAUCCCAGACCUGGCCGAGAAGUACCCAGUCCUGAAUCUGGAUUGGCUGAACUAUGCCGACGACGCAGGGGAGCUAAUGUAUAAGACUUUGUCCACGCAGAUGGACAUAGUUAAAGACAUGCUGAAUAAAGUCGGAGGGUACGAAGUGGCGGAGAACUGGCUCAGCAGAAAUAGAGAGAGAGUGUUAGAGAUACUGGGCACUAACAUCGAGAGAGUUCCACCCUUUGCCGUCUUGUGCCACGGUGACUGCUGGAACAAUAACGUACUCUUCAGAUACAAUGAAGAAGGGGUUCCUGUGGAGGUCAUGCUACUGGACCUACAAAUGUGUCGCCUGGCCUCCCUCGCCACGGACCUCACCUACCUCUUCCACACAAGUCUCGAAGGCCACGUGAGGAAGACAAACCUUGAAUCGUUUCUAGACACCUACUUCUCGGCCUUCCUCGCUAUCACAAAAGCGGGGAAGACUACCAUGCCCUUCACCCGGCAGGAGCUUCGUCAGGAGUACAAGAACCGCCUGGAAUAUGGCCUGCUGCUGGCACUGGUGGUGACUGUAAUGGUCAUCUGUGAAGGAGACGUCAACAAGGAGGACCAGGAAAGCUUUUCGGAUUCAGUAAGAGAUAUUUUAGACGACCUGGUUGCAACGUCUCCAAUCUUACGCUCCCGAUUCCUUUCUAUGUUUGACGAAAUGAUGGAAAAUGGAGUCAUUCAGUAAUGUGUUGAAAGCCAGGAUUACCUCACCUUGUAAUCUACUUUGUAAAUUUUUCCAUCUGUCCCUCCAUUGCUCUUAAGACUAAUGAUUUACAUAGCAUUGUUAUUGUUAUUGGAGCUGUUCUUGAUAUUCAUCUCCUGGUCAUCUUUAUCAAUUUAUCAUAUUACUUUUUCAUGUUCAAUAUUUUUUGCUAAUAUAGACAAGGCUGGAGUUACAUCUUUCACUAAAGUAUAUAUCCAAACUUUCUACUUUAUUCUACAAUAAAUAUUGACCCA